UUAACACAAAAAUCACCAUCGCCAUGUCAAGCAUCAAUACCAGCAGUUUCACCAACCAAGUAGAAGAAAGCGAUGAGGAAGAUGUUGGGUACAUGGAGUGUCGUCGCAACCAUGCAGUAGCCAUGGGAGGAGCUUGCUAUGAUGGAUGCAAUGAGUAUAUGAAACCAGACGCUGAGCGAAACUCCCAGGACAGUUUCCUCUGUGCAUGUUGUGGUUGUCACCGCAACUUUCACCGCAAAUACAAUCCCCUGCAGCAAACUGAAACACAGAGUGAUUAUGUUCUUGAUAUAGUUCCUUUUUCAGGCACGCUUCAGGCAGAAAGGCCUACCAACAACAGCAACAGCAACCCAGAGCCAUUGCAGCAAGUAAGGCCACUGAGGAGGAAGAGGACGACCUUCUCGGUGGAGCAGAAGAACCAAAUGAGAAGGUUUGCUGAUAUUUUGGGCUGGAAACCUCACAAGGGUAACAGAGAGGAGAUUCAACGUUUCUGCACUGACAUGGGCAUAAGCCGCAAGAUCUUCGUGGUGUGGCUCAACAACAAUCGUCACCGUGCAACUCAAACUUCCACCCAGACAUCUCAUCCAUCAACCCCUUGAUGCUCGCUGGAUCCGUCUUGGCACUUAGCAUUAAAUAAGGAUUUCCCAUGCGUUCUUCAAAGCUUGGGAUUUAGUGUUGUAUGAGUGUGAUCAGAAUGUGUUUGUUGAGAGUUUGAUCUUAUGUUUUUCUUCUGUAACUUUGUUUUUGU